GUUAAAACCUUUUGAAUUUAAUUUGCCCCGGCAGCCUGCGCGUGGCACGGGAUUCCACGUCAACAAGCGGUUGCCAGGUGAAGGCAGACAGUUCCACAGCAUCCAGCACCUCACAGGCUAAUAGCCUACUAAUUCAGAGGUUUGAUAAAACCAUUGUAGAACCGAAUCAACUAUUAUUGACAAGGUGAGAUGAUAAGGAAUUUAUUUGGAGCCUUGACCUAGCCUAUAUAUUUGUUAUUGAUAAAAUGCCGACCACAAGGGUUAUCAAGCAAAAGCCUGUUAUUGAAACGAAAACAAGAGUCGUCGAAGUGAAAACAAAACCGGUUGAAACGAAACCAGCAUUGACAACUCAACACAAAGUCACAGCUCCUCGCAAACCGCGGGCGUCGAGCUGUCCCAGAUGUAUCCAUAGCGACCGAUGCGAGACCACGAAGACCCAGCAGCAGGUCAAGCUGUGCGCUCCCAGGUGCGAUAGGAGAGCGAGAUCAACCUCCACCGCUCCCAAAUCAACACUCUCCUCUUCGAAAUCAGCUGUGCUCUGUCAAAAACCAACAGCCACGUCUCCAAAAUCAACUGUAACUUCUUCCAAGUCUAAAGAAGCAUCUCAGGCGAGGCAGGAAGAGGAACGGACUUCGAGACCCAGGGCGCACUAUGCAAUUCAGAGUCACAAAGCUUUCACGGUCAUCCCUCCUAACCCCAAGAAAAGAAUAGAGAUCCAGCAAAAGGCGGAGGCAGAGCUGGCAGCUUUGGAGGAUCUGAGGCUGAGCAGAGCCACGCUCUAUGUCUCCAUUGACCCCAGCAGUGUUGGUGGGAGUCUGAGUCUGGAGGAGGUGCGGCUAAAGCAGCAGCAGGAAAUGCAGACCAGGAGGAAGCAGAGACAGAUGAAGAAAUAUAUGUUUGAUACGUCACCCGUGGUGUUGGGAUGAAGACUGAGCCACAGAGAGACAGGAAGCUGAAGUUCUCAUUAAAAUACAGACGCAUCAUCAUCAUGUGAAUGAUGCUUGUUGCCUGUAUGUCUAAGUCCAGCACUGGGAUCACACAUUGUCUAAGUCCAGCACUGGGAUCACACAUUGUCUAAGUCCAGCACUGGGAUCACACAUUGUCUAAGUCCAGCACUGGGAUCACACAUUGUCUAAGUCCAGCACUGGGAUCACAC